CGCAUAGUCAGCUUCGUUCACAGCGGUAGGCGGCGGCCCGGCGUCUUGAGGCGAUGCGCAUUGGUCGGGGGAAUUCGGGAUAAGCAGCGAAGUCAUUCAUGGUCGCGCCAGCGACGCCGAGGCCGUCGCGGAUCCUGCCGCGAGCGUCGCACUCCCACUCCCAGCCGGCCGCCGUCGGCCUCGCGUCCGACCGCGCCGCCGCCGCCACCGUCUCCUCCCGCCGCCGCCGCAACUUCGUCUUCGUCGUCAACCCCUCCGGCGCCAAUGGCCGCACGGGCAACCAGUGGAAGCAGCUGCUCCCGCACCUCCGCACCCGCUUCGCUGACCAAUGCGAUAUUUGUGAGUGCAUCACCUCGGCCCCGUUCGACGCCAUAGAUAUCACGAGGGAGGCUGUAAAGGAUGGGGCUGAUGCCGUGAUUGCUGUUGGUGGUGAUGGAACACUUCAUGAGGUCGUCAAUGGCUUCUUCUGUAAGGGAAGUCCUGUCCAUGCUCUUGAUCAAGGACCUGAUCAUUCCACAGCGCUUGGUCUCAUUCCACUUGGAACUGGUUCAGACUUUGCAAGGACAUUUGGCUGGACAAAUGAUCCUCAUGAGGCGAUUGAUCGAAUUGUGAGAGGUUCCUUCUUUGAUUCUUCUUUUAUAGUGUGUGCUGUCAGUCCAUACUCGUGGUCUCAUAGUGGUCAUUCAUCUCCUGGAGUCAAAUCAAAACUAGAUAUAGGUAUGAUGGAAGGCCCAGAUGGAAACCCACAUUAUUUUGUUAAUGUUGCUGAUAUCCAUUUGAGUGCUAAGGCGGGUUAUUUUUCUUCUAUGUACAAGAGAUUUGGCAACUUAUGCUAUGUUUUUGGAGCGCUCAGAGCCUUUUGGGGACAUAGUAAUCGAGAUCUUAGAAUAAAGGUAAAUGGUGGAGAAUGGAAAACCAUUCGUAAAGUCACUGCACUAUGCAUAGGAAAUGCCAAAUACUUCGGCGGUGGUAUGAAGAUCACUCCAACAGCUGAUCCUUUCGGGGGUGACCUUGAGGUCGUUAUUCUUCAAGAUUUCAAAUGGCAUGAUUUCCUGCUCAAGCUUCAUAGAUUGUAUGGAGGAACUCAUCUAUCAGUGACUGGUGUGUCAUCGAUAAGAGUUCAGUCGAUUGAAGUAGCAGAAAAGGAAGUUAGUGCUGACAUCUUUGUGCAAUCUGAUGGGGAGCAUUUUGGUUUUCUUCCAACCAAAUUUUCAGUUCUUCCCGGUGCAGUUGAUUUCUUCUGCUAGAUUAGUAUGCUUCUUCCUGUGGGAUACAAAGGUUUCUUAAUCCUUGUCAAGUCACUACGUGUACUUUGAACUAGCUGUGUUAUUUUGAAGUGAUAUCGUAAUUGAAUAGUUACAUUCAUUUUCUGGCAAUACAUGGGAUAAAAUCUGUUGUCACCCGCCAUGUAAUGACUAUAAUUAUAUGCAACAUUUGCUAAUCAAACUACCAUAAAAAUUUGGUGGUGACGGUGCACUAUGAACUGUUUGAAUUAUACUGGACCAAACUGGCAUCAAUGUAAAUGACACAAUGACUUUUAGGCU